UGUCUAUUGCUGAAGUGUGUGUUUACCAGUUGAAUCCAGGAUUACUAUGGUGCGAUACAGUAUCAGUAUGGAUACUGUACGCGGAUCGAUGGUAAUGGAGAUGAUAUGGAGACUAAAGACUUCGGGUCCCUCGAUCAAGUUGUCCAUUCUGAUGGGAAAUUCUACACACUGAGUUGUAUCUCCACUGGCGAUGGUCACUUGCAGUGGACCAGAUGCAAAAUCAUCCGCAUCUAAACACAAAAAGGACGGACGCUAGUGAGAGCAUCACCUCUAGGCCAGCCUGCAGGACUCCACUGACUACAGACACACACACUUCAGCAGUUCCGUUGCUCUCCGGAGUGUCCUCUGGUUGAUCCAGGUCCACAAGGAGAACUGCACAGAACAGACAAGGUACCCGGAUGCACAGAAGAGUAAGAGAAGGCCAUACCGUCGUUGUCUCUGAUCUCUACAGAGGACACGUUGUUGUUGAAAACAACGAAGGGGUUGUUUGUGGCGAGGUUGACAGAGAAAAACUCUGUGAGUUCCACGGGGCUGUUGUCAAGGAUGGGAAUCAUCACCACCCAUUCCCCGUCGGACGAGAAACUGAGAGACCGGAUGACCCCCUCGAAAUCAGUCCCAGCUGUAAACAAACAGGUUUCACCAGGGCCAAUUCAAUACACGUUAUAAUGAGUGAAAUCUGCUGCUUGCCUUCCGCUGAUCCACUCUCAGUUGUGAGAAGGAUGGUGAUACUGUCCACGUCAAAUGACGGUCCAGGGAACCCAGUGGCUCUCACAGUGACGUUCACAUAGUCAUCGGUACCUUCAGUGACGGUGUAGGUGUUGGGAGAAAACUCCACGAAAAUGUCUGUAAAGGAAAGCCAGUGAGAGUGAAACGGGAA